AUGAGUAGCCCAUCUUCAGACGCCUGGUCCAGUGAUGAUGAUGACGAUGAGUCCUUCCUCCUCCUGGAAGCCCGAGCUCCUCUUCAUUAUCCAGCAACGUUUCAGUCUUUUCUGACACAUUGCUCAGAACAGACGCUCCUGCAGCAGACAGACAGGGCAGGUCCAACAGACACCACAGACGCUCCUGCAGCAGACAGACAGGGCAGGUCCAACAGACACCACAGACGCUCCUGCAGCAGACAGACAGGGCAGGUCCAACAGACACCACAGACGCUCCUGCAGCAGACAGACAGGGCAGGUCCAACAAGACACCACAGACGCUCCUGCAGCAGACAGACAGGGCAGGUCCAACAGACACCACAGACGCUCCUGCAGCAGACAGACAGGGCCGGUCCAACAGACACCACAGACGCUCCUGCAGCAGACAGACAGGGAAGGUCCAACAGACACCACAGACGCUCCUGCAGCAGACAGACAGGGCAGGUCCAACAGACACCACAGACGCUCCUGCAGCAGACAGACAGGGCAGGUCCAACAGACACCACAGACGCUCCUGCAGCAGACAGACAGGGCAGGUCCAACAGACACCACAGACGCUCCUGCAGCAGACAGACAGGGCAGGUCCAACAGACCCCACAGACGCUCCUGCAGCAGACAGACAGGGCAGGUCCAGACACCACAGACGCUCCUGCAGCAGACAGACAGGGCCGGUCCAACAGACACCACAGACGCUCCUGCAGCAGACAGACAGGGAAGGUCCAACAGACACCACAGACGCUCCUGCAGCAGACAGACAGGGCAGGUCCAACAGACACCACAGACGCUCCUGCAGCAGACAGACAGGGCAGGUCCAACAGACACCACAGACGCUCCUGCAGCAGACAGACAGGGCAGGUCCAACAGACACCACAGACGCUCCUGCAGCAGACAGACAGGGCAGGUCCAACAGACCCCACAGACGCUCCUGCAGCAGACAGACAGGGCAGGUCCAGACACCACAGACGCUCCUGCAGCAGACAGACAGGGCAGGUCCAACAGACACCACAGACGCUCCUGCAGCAGACAGACAGGGCAGGUCCAACAGACACCACAGACGCUCCUGCAGCAGACAGACAGGGCAGGUCCAACAGACACCACAGACGCUCCUGCAGCAGACAGACAGGGCCGGUCCAACAGACACCACAGACGCUCCUGCAGCAGGCAGACAGGGAAGGUCCAACAGACACCACAGACGCUCCUGCAGCAGACAGACAGGGCAGGUCCAACAGACACCACAGACGCUCCUGCAGCAGACAGACAGGGCAGGUCCAACAGACCCCACAGACGCUCCUGCAGCAGACAGACAGGGCAGGUCCAACAGACACCACAGACGCUCCUGCAGCAGACAGACAGGGCAGGUCCAACAGACACCACAGACGCUCCUGCAGCAGACAGACAGGGCCGGUCCAACAGACACCACAGACGCUCCUGCAGCAGACAGACAGGGAAGGUCCAACAGACACCACAGACGCUCCUGCAGCAGACAGACAGGGCAGGUCCAACAGACACUAUAGACGCUCCUGCAGCAGACAGACAGGGCAGGUCCAACAGACCCCACAGACGCUCCUGCAGCAGACAGACAGGGCAGGUCCAACAGACACCACAGACGCUCCUGCAGCAGACAGACAGGGCAGGUCCAACAGACACCACAGACGCUCCUGCAGCAGACAGACAGGGCAGGUCCAACAGACACCACAGACGCUCCUGCAGCAGACAGACAGGGCAGGUCCAACAGACACCACAGACGCUCCUGCAGCAGACAGACAGGGAAGGUCCAACAGACACCACAGACGCUCCUGCAGCAGACAGACAGGGCAGGUCCAACAGACACCACAGACGCUCCUGCAGCAGACAGACAGGGCAGGUCCAACAGACACCACAGACGCUCCUGCAGCAGACAGACAGGGCAGGUCCAACAGACACCACAGACGCUCCUGCAGCAGACAGACAGGGCAGGUCCAACAGACACCACAGACGCUCCUGCAGCAGACAGACAGGGCAGGUCCAACAGACACCACAGACGCUCCUGCAGCAGACAGACAGGGCCGGUCCAACAGACACCACAGACGCUCCUGCAGCAGACAGACAGGGAAGGUCCAACAGACACCACAGACGCUCCUGCAGCAGACAGACAGGGCAGGUCCAACAGACACCACAAACGCUCCUGCAGCAGACAGACAGGGCAGGUCCAACAGACCCCACAGACGCUCCUGCAGCAGACAGACAGGGCAGGUCCAACAGACACCACAGACGCUCCUGCAGCAGACAGACAGGGCAGGUCCAACAGACACCACAGACGCUCCUGCAGCAGACAGACAGGGCAGGUCCAACAGACACCACAGACGCUCCUGCAGCAGACAGACAGGGCAGGUCCAACAGACACCACAGACGCUCCUGCAGCAGACAGACAGGGCAGGUCCAACAGACACCACAGACGCUCCUGCAGCAGACAGACAGGGAAGGUCCAACAGACACCACAGACGCUCCUGCAGCAGACAGACAGGGCAGGUCCAACAGACACCACAGACGCUCCUGCAGCAGACAGACAGGGCAGGUCCAACAGACACCACAGACGCUCCUGCAGCAGACAGACAGGGCAGGUCCAACAGACACCACAGACGCUCCUGCAGCAGACAGACAGGGCAGGUCCAACAGACACCACAGACGCUCCUGAAGCAGACAGACAGGGCAGGUCCAACAGACCCCACAGACGCUCCUGCAGCAGACAGACAGGGCAGGUCCAACAGACACCACAGACGCUCCUGCAGCAGACAGACAGGGCAGGUCCAACAGACACCACAGACGCUCCUGCAGCAGACAGACAGGGCAGGUCCAACAGACACCACAGACGCUCCUGCAGCAGACAGACAGGGCAGGUCCAACAGACACCACAGACGCUCCUGCAGCAGACAGACAGGGCAGGUCCAACAGACACCACAGACGCUCCUGAAGCAGACAGACAGGGCAGGUCCAACAGAACCCACAGACGCUCCUGCAGCAGACAGACAGGGCAGGUCCAACAGACACCACAGACGCUCCUGCAGCAGACAGACAGGGCAGGUCCAACAGACACCACAGACGCUCCUGCAGCAGACAGACAGGGCAGGUCCAACAGACACCACAGACGCUCCUGCAGCAGACAGACAGGGCAGGUCCAACAGACCCCACAGACGCUCCUGCAGCAGACAGACAGGGCAGGUCCAACAGACCCACAGACGCUCUGAGCAGACAGACAGGGCAGGUCCAACAGACCCCACAGACGCUCCUGCAGCAGACAGACAGACAGGGCAGGUCCAACAGACACCACAGACGCUCCUGCAGCAGACAGACAGGGCAGGUCCAACAGACACCACAGACGCUCCUGCAGACAGACAGACAGGGCAGGUCCAACAGACACCACAGACGCUCCUGCAGACAGACAGACAGGGCAGGUCCAACAGACACCACAGACGCUCCUUCAGCAGACAGACAGACAGGGCAGGUCCAACAGACACCACAGACGCUCCUGCAGCAGACAGACAGGGCAGGUCCAACAGACACCACAGACGCUCCUGCAGCAGACAGACAGGGCAGGUCCAACAGACACCACAGACGCUCCUGCAGCAGACAGACAGGGCAGGUCCAACAGACCCCACAGACGCUCCUGAAGCAGACAGACAGGGCAGGUCCAACAGACCCCACAGACGCUCCUGCAGCAGACAGACAGACAGGGCAGGUCCAACAGACACCACAGACGCUCCUGCAGCAGCAGACAGCAGGCAGUCCAACAGACACCACAGACGCUCCUGCAGCAGACAGACAGGGCAGGUCCAACAGACACCACAGACGCUCCUGCAGACAGACAGACAGGGCAGGUCCAACAGACACCACAGACGCUCCUGCAGACAGACAGGGCAGGUCCAACAGACACCACAGACGCUCCUUCAGCAGACAGACAGACAGGGCAGGUCCAACAGACACCACAGACGCUCCUUCAGCAGACAGACAGGGCAGGUCCAACAGACACCACAGACGCUCCUGCAGCAGACAGACAGACAGGGCAGGUCCAACAGACCCCACAGACGCUCCUUCAGCAGACAGACAGGGCAGGUCCAACAGACACCACAGACGCUCCUGCAGCAGACAUACGCACUUUUUCCACCUCGUUAUUGGUGA